CUCCGUGAAUUUCAAAAUGCUCAAACAAUGGUAUUUGCCAUUGAGGAAAUCAACAAUAGAACUGAUAUUCUUCCUGGAGUCAAAUUGGGUUAUAAAAUCUAUGAUGCCUGUGGAUCAAGAGAAAUGACUACAAGAGCCUCAUUGUCCUUGGUUAAUGGCAAUAGUAAAAAGACAUCUGAAAUGUCUUGCUCCAAACCUGAUACAGUUCAAGCAAUCAUAGGACAAACGUCAUCAAGCCCCUCAAUUGCCCUUUCUACAACUGUGGGACCUUUGCGCAUACCUGUGGUUAGUCACUUUGCAACAUGUUCCUGCCUAAGUAACAAAAAGAAAUACCCAUCUUUCUUCAGAACUGUUUCUAGUGAUUACUACCAGAGUAAAGCUUUGGCAAAAUUGGUCAGACAUUUUGGCUGGACAUGGGUAGGGGCUGUCUGCAGUGAUAAUGACUAUGGGAACAAUGGCAUAAAUGAAUUCAUCAUUGCAGCUAAAGAAGAAGGAAUCUGUGUUGAGUAUUCCAAGCCAUUCUUUAGGACAGACCCCAGAGAAAAAAUUCUAAAAAUAGUUGAUUUAAUAAAGGCUUCGACCUCCAAAGUUAUUAUAGCAUUUGUAUCAUAUUCUGACAUCGGGGUGCUUUUAAAGGAAAUGGCCUCACAGAACUUGACUGGGUUUCAGUGGAUUGGAAGUGAGUCCUGGAUUUCUGAUAUGAACACAGCCAAUGCUGAAUGGCAGCAUCUUCUGAAAGGAUCCAUGGGUUUUACUAUCCCAAAAGCUCAAAUAAAUGGCCUACGGGAAUUUUUGACCAAUUUAAAUCCAGCUUCUGGUGUAGAUGCUUAUACAGAGUUGUGGGAGACAAUAUUUGAUUGCAAAUUUCCCACACAAGGCAAUGUUGAGAUUAAAAAACUAUGCAAGGGCAAUGAAAGUCUCAGUGAGGUUCAAAACCAUUAUACAGAUGUUUCAGAAUUAAGACUGGCACAUAAUGUUUACAAGGCUGUAUAUGCUGUGGCUUAUGCCCUGCAUAACAGAUAUGACUGUUCAAGGAUGGACAGUGGACAAGGGAGUCAAAGAAAAUGUGCAAACAUAACAGAUAAUAAACCCUGGGAGGUAAUGAAUGAGCUGAAGAAACUGCACUUCACCUCGUCAACUGGGGAGGAUGUAUAUUUUGAUGAAAAUGGAGACCCAGCAGCCAGGUAUGAACUACUGAAUUGGCAACAAGGAAAAGAUGGUAAUAUAGUGUUUGUUAAAGUGGGCUUCUAUGAUGCCUCUCUGCAAACAGACCUUCAGCUGUCAUUUAAUAACAACAGUAUAGCCUGGGCCCACAACAAAGCACAGGUGCCAGUCUCUGUGUGUAGUCUGAGUUGUCCCCCAGGCACCAGGAAGGCUGUGCAGAAAGGAAGGCCAAUCUGCUGCUUUGACUGUAUACCAUGUGCAGAGGGAGAAAUCAGUAAUAUAACAGAUUCUGUAACUUGCAUUAAGUGCCCACCAGAACUGUGGUCAAAUAAAAGGAAAGACACCUGUGUCUUAAAGCUGGUUGAAUUCCUGUCAUUUGAGGAAAUAAUGGGGAUCAUUCUUGUAUCAUUUUCUUUGUUAGGAGUAAUUUUCACCAUUUGCAUUGCUGUAAUUUUUUUUAAACACAAGGACACACCAAUUGUUAGAGCAAAUAAUUCUGAACUGAGCUUCUUGCUGCUCUUCUCACUGACUCUUUGUUUCCUCUGUUCACUUACAUUCAUUGGUCAGCCCUCUGAAUGGUCCUGUAUGUUGCGCCACACAGCAUUUGGGAUCACCUUUGUUCUCUGCAUCUCCUGUGUCCUGGGGAAAACAGUAGUGGUGUUAAUGGCCUUCAGGGCAACACUUCCAGGAAGUAAUGUCAUGAAAUGGUUUGGGCCUCCACAGCAGAGACUCAGUGUACUUGCCUUCACACUUGUACAGGUCAUUAUUUGUGUACUAUGGUUAACAAUAUCCCCUCCUUUUCCUUACAAAAAUAUGAAAUACUACAAGGAAAAGAUCAUAUUAGAAUGUCAUGUCGGCUCAGCAAUAGGUUUCUGGGCUGUGCUGGGUUAUAUAGGACUCCUGGCUCUUUUGUGUUUUAUUUUGGCUUUUCUGGCCCGGAAGCUGCCUGACAAUUUCAAUGAAGCCAAAUUUAUCACAUUCAGCAUCCUCAUAUUCUGUGCAGUUUGGAUCACCUUUAUUCCUGCUUACGUCAGCUCUCCUGGAAAAUUCACUGUCGCUGUAGAAAUAUUUGCUAUUUUGGCCUCAAGCUUUGGUUUACUAUUCUGCAUAUUUGUUCCAAAGUGUUAUAUAAUCAUAUUGAAACCAGAAAAAAACACUAAAAAGCAAAUGAUGGGGAAAGCACCUACUCAGUGA